AACCAACUUUCCCCGGACAUAACAUACUCAGGAGGUAGACGUUGAAUCUUAGCGAUUAUCGUUUCACUGCUGAGUGCAUGUUAAACAAGCUUGUCGACUCGGGCUCACACAAAUCACCUAUUUCAUCCCAGUUUUUUUAUAUUCAUUGACGUACGUCACGAUCCGAUGAUCACCGUGACCUAACCAUUGUACAGCCGCCCUUUGUAUUGAAUGGCGCACUUAAGCUUAAGGUUCGUAAGUACAUGUAAUACGUUUCUACGAUGGACCCGAUACUGCUGCGCAAUCCUCCUUACAGGGUGGAGUUGCAUUGCAGUCCAGUGGCAUCACUGCGAUCCACGCCCGACAGUCUCAGAAGCAUAGCAUAACCUACUGCACAUGACGACUGCAUCUUCCGCCCCCAAUCUCGCCAUCUUCCGCAGUUAUGCAUCCAAACCCAAUCCAACAACUAUACCACCAUCGAUCCUACUCUCCCACUCAGGAACAAGUCUGACGGUCUUCGACGCGUUCCCCAAAUCCAUCUUUCACCUUCUGGUCAUUCCCCGAAUCAAACCGCCCUUAAGCGCGCGCCAUCUCACAGACUUGCGUUCUUUGCUUCAAUGCGAGAAAAGCGUUGCAAAGGAGGUGCUUAUGAACUUGAGUGAAGAAGCGAAUAACGCAAAGAAGAUGAUCGAGGAAGAGAUGAUGAAGAAAUACCAGUUCAAAUGGGAAAUUUGGAUUGGGUUUCAUCCGAUCUCGAGCAUGGAACACCUCCAUUUGCAUGUCCUUUCUGCAGACCUCUUUUCUCCGAAGAUGAAGUUGAAGAAGCACUACAAUUCGUUUUAUCCUAGCCUGGGGUUCUUUUUGCAUUUGAAAGAUGUUCUUUCGUGGUUCGAUGCCGAGCCUUCGUAUUAUCGACGAAUGAUUAAGCUUGAUGCAAGCCAGUAUCAGCCGCUCUUAAAGGAUGGCGACCUCUGUUGCUGGAGGUGCGAUCGUGCCUUGGGGAGCAUGCCCAAGUUGAAGGCGCACUUACAAGAAGAGUUCGAGAAGCUGACGAAGAUUGAGAAAGCGAAGUUGGAGAGGAAAAGGAAACGCGUCGAUGUACCCGCCUCAUCCGUGCAGCCUGAGGUAUCAGUGGCUGAUGAUGAGCGACCCGAGAAGAUCGCCCGUACGGAUCCAAGUCCAGAUGACGACUCCAGCGAUCCAACUGUAGCUGGCGACCUAGUGUCGUAAACAGGUCGUCAGCGCUGCCUUUCCUGUGGUUACAUCCUUAUGACAUUCUCAAUUCCAUGGUGUAUUCGCUGAAGUCAAGUACAGACGGUUGACCAAAUAUACCAUCACAAAAUUUGCGUUU